UCUCUGCACGUUCCCAUUUAGCAGCGAGUGUGUGGCUGUGAAUGGAACAGUGACAGGCAGACAGACCGUGGACACAGAGAGAGAGAGAGAGAGAGGGACAGGGAGGGGGAUUGAAAGAAGCAACACACAAAAAACUGGACACCUCUCUGAUUUAUCCCUUCCACGUUAAAGAGAAAGCUCGGUUUCAACAUAAAUAUACAAUUAAGGAAAAAUAACAGCAUGUCAUUUUGCCAUUUACCCGACGAAAGCUUGCAGGGUUCGUGGGUGGAGGUAGACUACAGUCGGCACGGUGGGUCGCGGGCGCUGGAGCACGUGCCUUCCUCCAGCUCCAUCCACAACGAGGAGAUGGAGAAGAUCCUGCUGGACGCACAACACGAGUCGGGGAGGAACAGCUCGCGUGCAAGCUCCCACUGUGACAGCCCACCAUUACUGAUGAGCCCACAGGCGUCUCAUGGUCCAGCUGAGGUUGAAACCGGGAGCCUUGGAGACAGUAACAGCACUCAGUCUGACGAGGAAACUCAGGAGAGGAGCGUGGAGCUUGAGAAGCUACUGAAGAACCACGCAGAGUGGAUCUGGUACUGGUCCAGCCGCCCAGAAAACGUGCCCCCAAAGGAAUUCUUAUUUAAACAUCCCAAAUAUUCAUCCAGUCUGAGCGUACGGAAGACAGGGGUGAUGAAGAAAAGAGGGAUAUUCGGUUCCGAGUUUGUUGUGCUGUUCAUUCCCUCGCUCCUGAUAACUCACCUGCUCAUGCUGGGAGUGGGGAUCUACAUCGGCAGAAGGCUGGCAGCUUCCUCAGCGAGUAGCUUGUAACUGGCCGCAGUGAAGAAGAGAUGGACACCAGUUGCUUCACUCGCCGCACACGUAGACAGGCAUAGCGGGCGCCUGGGAGAGUUACAAAGACUCCACGUGUUCCUAUCGUUCACUCCGCUCUGCGCCUCCUCUGUGCUAGUCGCCUCUUUCCUUUAGUCUUCACACUUCCAUUAGUUCUUUAUGCCAGCUAGCCAGCCUGGGGACGCCUACUAGUGGUUGGUGGGAGGAACCACCCCCCCCCCCCCCCGCUCCCUACACCUGUACCGCGUUUUGUUUAGAUAAUGCUUAGAGAUACACGCUAGCACUAUCUCACACACACACACACGCACACGCAAGCACGCACACACACACACACGCACACGCACGCACGCACGCGCGCACACACACACAUACGCACGCACACACACGCACACACGCAC